UGAACCUUCAGUGGCAUUCUUUCCUCCUAUGAAUGUCUCACCCUAGACUGAAAAUCACUCGAUCAACCCCCAUGCCCCAGAUUUCUUCUAAUCCAACUUAAUAAAGAAAAAGCUUAAUCUAUUACAUUUCGUCCAAAACCCCUCCAAGAUUUCGAAUUUCUAAUCUGGGUCGCUAUAAAUCGCAUCUAGUUGUAAAAAAAAAACCAUUCGGUGAUUCCUAGUUCCAUUUCUCUGUUUUUCAGCAAUGGUGGCUUCUUCAUUGGCCUCUCCGCUCUGUACAUGGCUAGUGGCAGCUUGCAUGUCAGCCGCCUGUGAAAAGGACCACCUCGGGAAGUCGCCGUCGGUGUUUCAGUCUCGGAGGUGGCUGAGGAGGAAGCGGGCAGUGUCCGCCUGGAGCGGCAACCUUGGCGGCGGCUUGGUGUCUUCUUUCUAUGGAUCUGGAAUUCACGGGUUGAUGAGCUCUUGCGUACCCUGUCAGGACUACUACAACUCAAAAGGGUUGCCUUUCUUCGGUGACAAUGCCUUAUCUAUAUUCGGGUCCAAUCCACCGCCCGGAAACCGCAAAACGAAGCGGAUGAGUAAAACCAUGGCUGUGGCUGUGCAACCUGAAACGAAAGCACUAGCAAAGACAAAAGUCAUUACAGAUAAAAGGAGAGUAGUUGUGACUGGAGUUGGGGUAGUAUCUCCCGUGGGUCAUGAUGUGGAUGAGUUUUACAAUAAUCUCCUUCAGGGUGUUAGUGGCGUCAGUGCGAUUGAGGCUUUCGACUGUUCUGAUUUUCCCACAAGAAUUGCUGGGGAAAUAAAAAACUUCUCGACUGACGGGUGGGUCUCUCCUAAAUUGUCCAAAAGAGCAGAUAAGUUUAUGCUUUACAUGCUCACUGCUGGAAAGAAGGCUUUGGCUGAUGGUGGAAUAACAGAAGAUGUCAUAAAAGAGUUAGAUAAAACUAAAUGUGGGGUUUUAAUUGGGUCUGCCCUUGGGGGUAUGAAGGUUUUUAAUGAUGCUAUAGAGGCACUGCAAAUUUCUUACAAGAAAAUGAAUCCGUUUUGCGUACCUUUUGCUACAACAAAUAUGGGAUCUGCUAUUCUUGCUAUGGAUUUGGGUUGGAUGGGCCCAAACUACUCAAUCUCCACGGCAUGCGCAACGAGCAACUUUUGCAUACUUAAUGCUGCAAAUCAUAUUAUAAGAGGCGAAUCAGAUUUAAUGCUUUGCGGUGGCUCAGAUUCAGCAAUUAUUCCUAUAGGUCUUGGAGGGUUUGUGGCAUGCCGAGCUCUCUCAACAAGGAACAAUGAUCCAACAAGGGCUUCACGUCCGUGGGAUAUGGGGCGUGAUGGAUUUGUCAUGGGAGAAGGGUCUGGUGUGUUGCUGUUAGAAGAACUAGAACAUGCAAAAGAAAAGAGGGGCCAAAAUAUAUGCAGAGUUUUUAGGCGGAAGCUUCACUUGUGAUGCUUAUCACAUGACCGAGCCACAUCCUGAUGGAGCUGGAACUGUUCUAUGCAUUGAGAAGGCUUUAGCUCAAUCUGGGGUUAAUAGAGAAGACGUGAACUAUAUAAACGCUCAUGCCACAUCAACCCCGGCCGGUGAUCUGAAAGAAUAUCAGGCCAUAACUCGUUGUUUUGGACAAAAUAGUGAGCUUAAAAUUAAUUCUACAAAAUCGAUGAUCGGACAUCUCCUGGGAGCUGCUGGUGCUGUUGAAGCCAUCGCAACCAUUAUGGCUAUACAGACAGGCUGGAUCCAUCCAAAUACCAAUCUUGAGAACCCUGAGGAAGGAAUGGAUACAAGAUUACUGGCUGGCUCUAAGAAGGAACGCUUGGAUGUAAAAGUGGCACUUUCUAACUCAUUUGGCUUCGGUGGACACAACUCUUCUAUCCUAUUUGCUCCAUACAAGGAUGAGUAGGCCCAUCUCUGCCAUCGGAGCUGCGAAAUCUCAUGAGUUUUCUUUCCUUUAUGUUUUUCCGGUGAAAUCUGUUGCAGCCAAACCUGCCAUCCUUCUGUAUUGCCGGGGUGAGGUCUUGACAAUUUGCCUUUGACUUUCUCAACUUAGAUUUGUACAUGCAACUAUACCAAAUUAUGUCAAGGCAAAAUUGACUCUGCACAGAAUUUUUUGGUUUACAUACUUAAGCUUUCGCACCAGAAAACUCGCUUGGUAAAAAACUUAAAAAUCAAGUGCCUGUGUAGUAAACUUAAAAAUCAAGUGCCUGUGUAGUAAUAUGAGAAUUCUAUACUUUUAUGACAAAAUGAAUGCUAAACAGUUUGACAAGUGCCUCUAGGCUCUAGCUCAUUCUUUG